AUGAGCAGAACUGCAUCAAGAUAAUAGAGCAGAGCUUCAAUAAUGUAACCAUAAGGGUCAACAUUGACACAGUAGAUGUAAUAAGCGGUUUCAACAAGUGGGUCUAAACCAUUACCUUAAGCACCCGUUACUAAUGAAAGAAAAUGGCUCGGUAAGAAUCCGGAAGUGGUGUGCUUUUUAUUAGCUUUAGAGAAUGAUAGAUUAGUGAGAGAGAACAAUGAUUUGGUUAAAUAUAUCAAUGAAUUAAAAUAAAGUAGCGGUGGUACUAUAGAUUAAUUUAAUCUAUUGAAGAAAUAAUAUGAAGAAGCAUUAUAAUAGAUUAAUAAAUAUAAGUAAGUGUUAGAGAUGAAUAUGUAGGAUUGACAUAGAUGAAUUGAAUAAGAGAGUUAGAUCAUUGGAGUAGGAAUUAGCUGAUGCUAAAAACAAAUUUGGAUAGGUGGAUUAAAGUCUACCUUAGAGAUUAGCAGAGGCAGAGAGGAAAUGGAAAGAAUUUGAAGGAUUAUAUAAUAACUUAAAAUUGAAAUAUGAUACAGAUAUGAGAGAUUGGUAAUUAAAGUAUGAUGAAUUGAAUAGAAGAGCAUUAGAUUGGGAAAGAAGAUAUGGUAUUUUAGAUUAAUAGAUGAAACAGAUGUAAGAGGAUCAUGAAUUAGAAUUAAGAUCUAGUGGAGAUUCAUCAAAAUAAUAUGAAGAUUAAUUGAGAGAAUGGGAAUUAAGAUCAAAUGAAUGGGAUAAUAAAUAGAAAGCAUUGAAAGCAGAAUAAGAUAGAUUGAAUUAACUUUUAAAAAAUAAAGAUGAUGAAUAUGAAAGAUUGAAAGCUUAAUUAUUAGCUGCUUAGAAAGAAUUGGAUGAGUAUAAGAAUAAAUUAAGAGAAAGUGAUUAAGCUUCUGGAUCUAAAUUCACUGAAUAUGAAAGUAAAAUUGCAGAAUUAAGAUUACAGAAUUAAUAAUUGAAUUAAGAUUUGGAGAGAUUGAAAAAAAGAUAUUAAGAUUUAGAAGAUUAAUUAAAUAGAUUACAAUCUUAAAAUUAAAGCUAAGAUUCUAAAGUUAGUGAUUUAUAAUCUAAGUGUAGUAAUUUAGAAAAUGAAGUUGAUAAACUUAAUAAUGAUUUAAGAGAUAAAGAAUAAGAAAUCACCAAAUUAUAAGGUAAAUAGAUGUAAUUAGAAUAAAGAAAUAAAGAACUUACUGAUGAAAAUAAUAUAUUAAGAAAGAAAGUCGCUGAUUAAAAAGCUGAAAUUGAAAGAUUGGAAUUAGAAUUAAGAUAAAAAAUUAGUGAAAUUGAAUAUUACAAUCUUAAUCUAGUUAAUCAAGAUGAGAGAAACAAAUAAUUAUUAAAUUAAGUCGAUGAUCUUUAAUUUUAGUUAUAAGAUUUUAAAACUAAUUAUUAAUAAUUAGAAGAAGAUUAUAAUAAAUUACAAAAGAAAAACGAAGACUUAGAAAAUAAAAUUGCUUUAUUCUCUUCUGAAAUAGACAGAAUGAAAAAUAUUAUUAAAUUAAAGAAUCAAGACUUAGAAAAAUUGAGAAGAUAGGUAGGAUCACUUGAAAUUGAGAAAAAGUUCUUUGAAUAAUAAAUUGAAGAUUUGUUAAAUAAAAUGAAAUAAAUGUAAGAUGAAAUUGUCAAACUUAAUGAAUUACUUAAGGAAAGACUUAAGCAAUUACAACAGCAAAAUAACAAUAUCAUAUCUUUGAAUCAUCAAUUAGGAGAAAUGAAAGCAUUAUAAACUUAUUGUGAUUAAUAAGAUAAGAGGAUUAAUGAAACAACCAACAAACUUAAUGAAGCUCUUUUGUAAUUGUAAUUCAAAGAUAUAGAGUUGAUGAACAUCUCUGCAUUAUAGGCAUCAAUUUAAGAAAGAGAAAAACAAGCAGAACUAUUAAAUAAUGAAAUUGUUAGACUUUAAAAUGAUAUUAUUAAUAAAUUAAAAGAGUCAGAAGAUUAAAAGGAGUAAAUUAAAAAAUUAAAUGAUGAAAUUGCCAGAUUGAAAACAUAAGAGUAAAAUCUACAUGAUAUCGAAAGAAAAUUAUAAAAUGCAGUAGAAGAAAUUAAUAGAUUAGAAUCCUAAAAAUCUGAAUUAGAGAAUUAAGUUACUGUUAAUAGAUAGUCAUCACCUAAGCAUACGAUUACAAAGGAAAUUCGUAUAGAAAAAUCAUCUGUUCAAAUGGAUACCACAGAAAUCGAUAAACUUAAACAAGAAUUAAGAUAAAAAUAAUUUGAAUUAGAUUAAUUAAACAAUUAAUUAUUGAUAUCAUAAAAUGCAUUGAAAUCUGCUGAAGACUAUAUAGCAGUUUUAUUAAAUAGAAUUAAUAUAUUAAAUAAAGAAAAUGAGGAUAUGCUUUAAGGAAAGCAAUAAUUAGAAGUUCAAGUUCAAGAUACAAGAACUCUUUAAGAUAAACUUUAGAAUUUAGAAAAAGGAUUAACAUAAUUUAGAAAUGAUAAUGAAAGAAUUUUGAGAGAAUUCAAAGAGAAGAGCAAAUUAUAUGAUGAUGCAAGAUAAAAAAUUAGUAAAUUAGAAGCUUAAGCUACUGAAGCCCGAGAAUUAUAAGCUAAAUUAAGAGAAAUUGAAAAUAAAUUAGUAUUUGCCUCAAGUAGUUAAGAAAGAUUAACUGUAUAGUUAGCUGAGAAGACAGAAGAAAAUAAUAACUUGAAAUAGAGUUUAUAAAUUGCAAAUAACGAAAUUUCAAAAUUAAGUGAACAAGUUCAAUAAUUAUCAGAGCGGUAUUGAAUAUUAAAUUAUUUAAAUAGAGAACGUUUAUUAAAAGAAUAAGUUAAUCAUUUAUUACAGGAUAAAGAUGUUUUAGAUACUUUAAAGAGACAAUAUGAAGUAGUUGUUGCAGACAUUCAAAAGGCUAAUUAAAAUAUUGAUUAAUUGUAAUUAGAUUGAUUUAUAGAAUUAUAGGAGUUAAGAGAGAGAUAAUUUAGAUAAUUAAUUAAAGUAAAACUAAUAAGAGUUAGAGAAAUUGAGAAUCUUAUAGGAGAAAGUAAUUUUGUUUUAGAUUUUAGGUUCGAUUCUUAGGUGGAGAGUGUAAUAAAUUGAAUGAUCAGUUAAGUAAGGCUGAGAAUGAAUUGAAUAACUUUAGAAAGAGAGGAUAGGAGAAUUCUGAUCUUAAUAAAUAGUAAAUAUAAAUUAAAUAUUUUAUAGAGUAUUAGAUAGAAACAAUUAGAUUGAGAGAUUAAAUAAAGAAUUGGACAAUUUAAGGAAAUAAUUAGAAGGUAAUUAUUGAAAUAAGUUAAUUUUACAUUUAAAAAAAUAAAACAUAUUCAUAAAAUACGUC